AUGGCCAUGCUAGGAUCGUGGAAGGAAUCCGAAGAGCACACAAUCACAGUGUGUCAUGUCUAUGAAUCAACAAAAUGGACACGGCAGCUUCUUUUCGUCCAAACCGGACAGGACGAGCCAAUUACUUUAUGUCCAGCCCAUGUGGCUUACCCCCGUACCAGAGCGCCAGUGACAGCGAUGGCGGUCGCCGUGGUGGAGUCGGUGGCCGUGGCAGUGGCGAGCGAGAACCGCUACGAAGAUAUCAAGCUAAAGGAUGGUGACGACGACCUCACUAUUUCUGUCACUAUGUCCGAAGAGGGCCUGCAGGAUAAUGCCGAGCUUCCGAAGCGUGUCGAAGACGGUGCGAUUGAACGCGCUUAG